AUGCUGGAUAUACGGUACAAGACCAAGCUUCUUCGCACCCAGAUCAGUCUCUUAGUCAGCUACCCAUUGAAAGAGACUCAGUCGGUGGCUGAGUUUGGAGUUCUAACAUUACCUAUCCUGAGAAUCAAUGAUGAACACCGAAAUCGCCUUCUACGAGCUCUCGGUCAAUCUGGUGCGGCGAUGACUGAUACUCUAUUUCCAUCAUGUCAUUCACUCACUCGAUUUGUGAAUGGAUUCUUCGAUGGAUUCUAUCCUCAUAUGCCGGUCGUUCAUAUCCCGACAUUUAGAGUGAAUGAUUGUGAGCCCGAAAUCAUUCUAGCCAUGGCUGCGCUCGGUGCCCAGUAUCGGCAUGAGCAUCGAAAAGCAGUGUUGCUAUUUUAUGCCGCAAAGGCAACUCUAAACCACCAUGAAACGCAACAGAGCCGGGAAGCUUUGUCUCAAAGAGAAUUGAUGCUCCAGGCACGGUGCGCUUUCUACCUUAUUGCUUUUGCAACUUGGCAACGUGAGCCCGACGUUGUACGGGAAGCAUUCAACCUUCAGAGCUUUCUUGCACGAUGCGUGAGAGAGUGCCAACUGGAAGAGAGCGUUCAAUAUUCACAAGAAGAUACAGAUUGGCACUCAUGGGUACAACAGGAAUCCGAUAGAAGGGUCAAGCUGUUUUCUUUUGCCAUCCUCAAUCUACAUGGCAUAGCAUUCAGUACUCCGCCGGUCCUAUUGAGCGACGAAAUCCAUCUUCGCCUUCCAUGCACCUGCUUUGAAUGGAUUGCGCCGAAUCAGCAGAAAUGGUCAAUCGUGCACAAGCUAGACAAUGCACAACAAAUGCCUUUCCAAGAGGCCCUCUCACAAUUAAUGAAAUCUCCCAGCGACAUUCAGGGAUUAAACUCCCAACCUGUGCCAUCACCUUUGGCAAACUAUAUUCUUCUACAUGCUUUAAUCCAGAGAAUUACACUUGUACAACAAGCAUUCGGCUCAUACAAUGAUCCCGAUGAUAUCUUACUAAAUGGCCAAAAAGAGGUAAUCCGAAAUGCCCUCCGCGCAUGGACGUCCCAAUGGCAACGAGCCCCAGAAUCCAGCCUUGACCCUCGCAAUCCCAAUGGCCCCGUUACAUUCACCUCAACAGCCUUACUAGGACUAGCAUACGUCCGACUCGCUCUAAAUAUAGGGCCAUACAGAAUCCUUGGAUCACGAGACCCACAGCAAAUCGCAGACAGACUCCUGCAAAUGCCGAGACUACCGGCCGGUCCCCAUCUCCUGCCUGCAAUCUUGCAUGCAACUCAUGCGUUGAGCAUACCAGUUAAGCUGGGGGUAACUUUCGUUGCGAGGAGUCAUGCCUUUGUGUGGAGUAUCCAGCACUCACUCUGUGGACUGGAGUUUGCAAUUUUCCUUAGUAAAUGGUUGUUUUGUAUUUCUGAUUGUCAGACUAGGAGGUCGCUUGAUGAGCAUGAGAGUCGCCUGAUUAGUUGGAUCGGUGAUAUUGUUGAAGAAGGGAGAACGUCGGGAGAUGAGGAUUUGUGGUCUAGACCUACUUUGUCAUCGAAUUGUGUUUAUCUCGGCUUUGCUGUGGUGAAGCUUUGGGCGCGAUUGAUCAGGGGGAAUGAGCAAUGGGCGAUUCUGAAGGUCAUUGGAGAGGGACUUGAUAUUUAUGCUGAUACCUGUGAGCAGAGAUUUGCUAGUUCUCUAAAGGAUCAAUGA